AUGCAACAACCUGGGAAUAAGAUGGUUACUGUGACGAAAAAACAAGCUAGCAUUCAUAGAAAACUGAAAAAUAAGUCCUCAACUACUAGUGUUGAUAAAAGUAUGGACCCGGAGAUUCCUCUAAUGUUGCAUGUUGGUGGGUGUGGGGAGACGUCAGAUGCAGACGUGAAGCAGGGGGUGGCUUAUGGUCUCGAGAGUGCUAAUCUUGAUCUCAACACUACGGAGUAUGUAAAUCGAUCGUCACUUACGAACAGUAUGACUAGUCCGUACAAGAGGUCGGUAUCUCCUGAUACCAUGCUUCGAGGAGCUACUUCAAGAUCAUCUUUUAGCCCUCAGUGCAGCUGCAAGACAUCGACGUUCUUUUCUGACUACAACUCCGAUUUUUCCGAUAAAACAUCUUCUAGUCGAACACCAGGGGAUUUAUUAGUAGAAUACUGGUGGGAUUUGACACCUCAAAAUAUGCAUGCAAUCACUGUCAACUAUCUUUAUGACAGCGACAAUAAACGAUGCGAAAUAUGCUGGGAAUUUUUCGAAAACAAAUUAGGCUUAUCACGAGUUGCUGUAUUUUAUACAUUGUUUUGUUUAUACAUACUGUACAUUUUGAGCGGGGAUUUGGCAAGGCUUCUUUACUACACAAUAGGUGUUGCAUUUCCAAUGUACCGGACAUUCACUACGUAUAAUAAACGCGGACUGAAUAGCUGCACAAGUUGGUUAAGAUAUUGGGUAGUAUUUGGUUGGUUAGCAAUUGUUGAUGUAUUUCUUUAUCACUAUCUGAGGCGAUGGACAGUGUACUGGUCGAUAAAGUUGAUUAUCAGUAUAUACUUGAUACUGCCACUGAUAAAGGGAGCAGAUUUGAUCUACCGUGAUUUUAUCAAAGCCUUUAACAGAAUUAUUGAACAGAAUGUAUCAGUUGAAAGGAAACACAUUGAUCUGAAACCACUGAAAGAUGCUGGUCUUCCCAUUUUCUUCAUCGUUGGUGGUCCUGGCUGUGGAAAAGGAACUCAAUGUGAUAAGAUGGUUACAAAAUAUGGAUUAACUCAUCUCAGUUCGGGUGAUUUGCUACGAGCAGAAGUUAAGUCCGGUUCACCACGUGGCACUCAACUCAAUAAGUUAAUGGAAAAUGGUGAACUUGUUCCGUUGGAAGUUGUGCUAGAUUUAUUGAAAGAAGCAAUGCUUCAUGCAGUGGAAAAGGGUUCCAAAGGUUUUUUGAUUGAUGGUUAUCCGCGAGAAGUAAAACAAGGCGAACAAUUUGAAAGCGAAAUUCAACCAGUUAAACUGGUGUUAUUUUUCGACGUUUGUGAAGAUACUUUGGUUAAACGUUGUUUACAUAGAGCUCAAACAAGUGGGCGAGUAGAUGACAAUAUUGACACUAUUAAAAAACGGCUGCAUACCUAUACAACUGCCACUGCUCCUGUUAUAAAUUAUUAUGAAAAACAAGGGAAGUUGGUUAGGAUUCCAUCAGAAGGUGCGGUGGAUGAGAUCUUCAAAAUUGUUGAAGAACAUCUUGAUAAAGCAGUAGCCAAAUGA